AUGGUCUCCUUCGAUGUGACGUCGUUAUUCACAUCUAUCCCACCAAACGUGGCCCGCGAAGUCUUGCGUAAGAGACUUGAAGAGGCGUACGAUGAGACUCAGAAUGCCCUCAAAAUUGAACACCUCAUGAGGCUGUUUGAAUUCUGCCAACAAACUUUCUUCACUUUUGCGGGAGAGACCUAUGAACAAAUCAAGGGAACCCCUAUGGGCUCACCGGUCUCCGGUUUGGUGGCAGAACUGGUCCUACAGGAGUUGGAAAAGAUUGCCUUCCUCCAACAUGAACCGGUGUUUUGGCGACGUUACGUUGACGACACGUUCGUCAUCGUAAAGAAGGACAUGCUGCAACAUUUUCACAGCCUGCUCAACGCAGUCUUCCCGGAUAUAAAAUUCGCGAGGGAAAAAGAACAGGAGCAGCAGUUGCCCUUCCUGGAUGUGCUCGUCAGACGAAACCUUAACGGUGAACUGGAAACGACGGUUUAUAGGAAGGCAACGAACACCACACAGCUUCUCAGUUUUCACAGCAACCAUCCGGUGGCUCACAAACGAAGCUGUGUGAAGACGCUCUUCAAACGGACCCAAACUCAUUGCAGCAAACUGGAAGAUAGAGCGCGUGAGGCCCGUUAUCUCCGCGACCAGUUUGUGCAAAAUGGCUAUCCGAGGGCAUUCAUAAGUCGCUGCCUACGCGGUCGCCAUCAGAGAACUCAAACAUCAACGCCACCGACGAUAUGGCAUUCUCUGCCAUACAUCAAGGGUGUUUCAGAAGCGACCGAGCGCAUUGCUGCGGAGCUAGGGGUUGGAAUUGCACACCGCCCCAAAGCCACCAUGCGCAACAGGGUCAUUAAAAUCAAAGACCGGUUAAAACCUGAAGAGCAAUCCGGAGUAGUGUAUCGCAUUCCGUAUCAAAAUUGUCCUUGUAACUACACAGGACAGACGGGACGCAUGCUCGGAUCGCGCAUACAUGAACAUAAGCUGGCUGUGCGGCGAGGCGACGCAUUAUCACAAGUGGCCGCCCACACCUACGAAAUGGGUCACGAGUUUGACUUCGCAGCCACCAAAAUAGUCGCCCACGCCGGAAACAAAACAGGCCGAGAAUCGAUUGAAGCCUGGGCCUCGGAUGAGAACUCGGUCAAUCGAUUUAUCGAUCUGGCGCCGGCGUACAGAGCCCUUCGUAGUCACCUCCAGUCGUGCGACGUCGGUCGAUGA